UUCCACGGCAGCGAAAGCGAAAACCCGUGUGCCGCUUAGCGGCUUAGCGCGCGUCGCGCCCACCGGAAGCCGAGAGCUUCCCGGCGGCCAUCGCCUUCCUCUCCUCGCUGUAUAUAACGCCCCCGCCUCCUCCUCCCCUACGUCAAAACCGCAAGCCAAGCAAGGAGAGAAAGCGAGGAAGCCAGUUGCGUGGAAGCGAUCGAUGAGCCUGAGGUACAUGAGCCGUGUGGGCGCGCGCGCGGCGCAGGCCGUGCGGGAGGGCGCCGGCAGGUCGGUGAAGGACAAGGCGCAGUCGGCGGCGACGUCGUCGUCGUCGGGAGCGGCGAGGAGCGGCGGCGGCGGCGGCGGCAGGGCCCCCGCCGCGGGGGCGGUGGAGAAGGGCAGGGUGAGCGCCGCGGCGGCGCGGAGGGCGGAGGAGGAGAAGCGGCGGAGGGCGGAGCAGUCGCUGCGCACCGUCAUGUUCCUCUCCGUCUGGGGGCCCAACACCUGAUGGUGAUUAGUACUGGUGUUAGAUGUGUGUAGGCUUAGUAAUUCAUACGGUUUGAAAGGUUCUCUGCGUCUGUGAAAAAAAAUCUCCAAGAGAUGUGAAUGAAGAUGUAAUUACAGAUGUGAAUCAUCAUCUAUGGAUACGGAAUAUAUACUGUCUAUUCUUGGA